AUGAAGUUUGGUGACACCCUCUACCAGAGGUCUGUCCCGAAAUGGACCGCCUACAAUGUAAAGUACAACGAACUCAAGCACCUCAUCAAGAUCCGAACCUCCGCAGGUGUCGUGGUUCCUGUGGGUAUACCUGUGCAGGGCAAGAGCAAGUGGGAAGAGUUGGAAAACGAACUGUACACUUUAAUAGAGGGCGAAUAUAACAAUGUGACUCUCUUCCUUCGGAGUAAGCAGGGCGAGAUUGAGCGGCGCCUGGCCUACGUCGAGAAGCAGAUCAAGUUGGCACAGCGCGCCGUGGAAGAUAACGCUCUGCAUAAGUCCAUCAUACAAGCCAGGAAGUACCGACAACUGAUCAAGGACGUCGAUGGUAUCGGCGAUGAGGUACAGAACUUGUCGCGCUUUGCUGCCGUGCAAAAGACGGCCUUUCGCAAGAUUCUCAAAAAGUACCGGAAAUGGACUGGUUCUACAGCUUUACAGACCAGAUUGGACGUCGAAGUGUUUUCCUCCAAAAAGUUACAGACAGACUUUUCUGAUUAUCUUCAGGAGUUGUCUGAGCAGAAAGCAAUCCUAACAGAGGAACUCGCUGGUCCCAUGCUUACCGGUCGACCUGGAAGUCCCUCGUCCGCAUCAGACAAACAGCAGAAACGUAUCUCUGCUUCAAUGAAAAGGUCAUCUACUACCAAACUCAACGAGGCAGUUCUUCGGGGUUCUUUGGCGUUUGACGCGGCCAUCUUGACCGUGCCAUAUGGCGAAACUGCAGGAAGUGUCUUCUACUGGAUUCACCAGGACAAUCUUGACGAGACUCGUGCUCUGCUUUUGAGACACAUGCGAGAUGCCUCCGUUUCCUCAACACCAUCCAGGAACAACUCACUCGAGUCCAUCGCUUCCAGGAAGAGACCAACCCUGGAGUCGGAUUCUAAUCUCCUCACCCAUAUGGCCAUUUUUGACAAUGCUUAUCGGUAUACCAAAGACCAAGGCAUCUCCCGACCAUCUCGGAUAGCAUUGAGUAGUCAUUGGGGCUCGGCACCCGAGGCAAUUGUCACUCUAGCUGGCCUGUCCCCAACUUCCUCGGACAGCACCAUGCUCACGGUCAGUCGCAAGGAUUUGGUCAGUGCCCUACAGUGUGAUCAGACAACCAGUAGCACAUCGGAAAAUGUACACAUCGUUCGCAAAUACCUGCGAGAACACAGAGACAUUCAACCGCUGGCUCAUGUUCACUUUGCUCGUAAUCGCUACCUCGGCCUGACCAAUACUACGGAGAUGGGAAUCUGGGCGACACUUGACUCUAAUGUCACCGUGACUUCCGUGGAUAUGGACCACAUUGGAGAACCUCUUCCGCAGACCCAGACUGGAGAUGUCUUCCCCUAUUCGAUACUUCAUAUUCGAUGGGAGGCCGCACGCAUACCACCUGCGGCACGCGCUUUCGAUGAGUCCCAUUUGGUGGAGCGCGUGGAGGGCUUCACGCUGGAAGAUUUGGCCAUUCAUGCUGUUCAGAAGGAUUUGGCAGAACCAUCCUGGCAUCCUCUCCUGCAGAAAGAUAUUCGAAAGGUGCCGACUUCGCCGCGGAUGAGCAGACUAGGGUCUGCAAGCCGCUCGCGGCUCAAUGUUGCAGAUAUGGCUGGCACGUCUUCUGGGCCUUCGUCGACCGACGGACCUCAAGGAAGUAUCUUCUCCGCUGGCACUGUUGAAGCUGUUUCAGUCACAUCCGAAAGCGCAGAACAAGGCAACACAGGACCUUCCAGAGUGUCGGCAGUCGCGAACAAGCCCCGCAGGAAGAAGAUUGCUCGUAUCAAGGUUCCCGAACGAGCUCCGUCUCCCGUCAGAUAUUGGAACGAGUUCGACGAUGGGGACUCCGAUGUCAAUCAGGGGGGCGGCUAUGUGAUUUAUGUUGACCCUGACGAGCCUGCAUUCCCCGGUGCCGAGAAGAUGGCACAGGCGUUUGGAGCUUUGUACGACAGCCUCAGUCGGGGCACAACCAAGCUUGUAUCUUGGUUGCCGCUUCAUUCGGAGAAAGGCCAAGAUGGCUUUGCGGGAGAACGCUCGCCGUUGCUCAGCGGCGAAAACGACGAUUUUGACACGUCGGGUUCGGACACUGAAGGAUCGAUUGUUCAACGUUCCCCGCGGCAGGCAAACAGGCGUCGUCAGUCGCAUCGGCCGCGCUCUGGAACUUCAACAUCUUAUCGCCCUGGUCAGGUUCUCACUCCGCGUCAAAAGGCACUGGAACAAAUGCUAUUCAUGUUCUACUCGGGAUUGAUCGCCAUAUCGUACGUGCUUCUGAUCAUGUCGAGCAUCCUCCUGGGAACGGGCCGCAGGAAAGCCUAUGUCGAGGUCGAUGCCGGCGUUGUCGCGGGCGUCGUCUCCGCAGAGACGUGUGCCAUCGCCGCCACGAUCCUGAUCAUGAUGAGGAGACAACAGCUCAGCGUGCUCCACUGGGGCCUGGUCGCCGUCCUGGUCUCGAGCGUUGUUGUCGUUGGCGUCGCGCUGUUGUCGUUCAUGUUUGCAGGUGUAGCUCCCGGCUCCGACAAGAAAGGGUCGGGUGGUAAAUCGGCGAGGAUAACUGGAAAUCAGUGA